AUGGCUGAAGAGAAACCAGAUACUGGUGAAGGUGACUUUUCGCCCACUCACACAGUUUCUUCAUCUGGAACCUCGUCUUCGGAUAGCUGCCAGGUUACCGCUGCAGAAAAUGGUGAUGUCGAGUUGGCUCCAGUCGUCACCCGUCGGGCUUCGAUCGCUCCCGAUGAAGCGCGAUACCUCCAGGAGUUAUUGAGUCGUGAUGGUCGCAUGUCACGUGUCAACACACUGGCUAAUAUCCCCCUCAGCGACCCGGUGCUAGACCCCGAUAGCAAAGACUUUGACCUAUACAAAUGGCUGCGGAAGAUCGUGCACGUGCGCAACGAAGAGGGUAUGCCCCGAAAGCAAGCCAACAUCUUCUUUCAGCAUCUCCGUGUUUCUGGAACCGGCGCGGCCCUUCAGUUGCAAAAGACAGUGAUGGAUAUUUUCACGGCUCCUUUUCGGCCUAAGGAGACCUUCAGUUUCGGUUCCAAGACCCCCAAAACCAUUCUCCAUCAGUUUGACGGUAUUCUCAACAGUGGGGAGUUGUUGAUUGUGCUGGGUCGGCCCGGCUCGGGAUGCAGUACUUUCCUCAAAACAGUCUGUGGGGAGUUACAUGGCCUGGAUGUCGAUGAGAAGUCUGUCUUGCAGUACAGCGGAAUCCCACAAAAGACAAUGGUCAAAGAGUUCAAGGGCGAGGUUGUCUACAAUCAAGAAGUCGACAAGCAUUUCCCGCAUCUGACCGUGGGUCAGACCCUGGAGUUCGCAGCCUCAGUGCGCACUCCCUCCAAACGGUUGAAUGGCAUGUCCCGCGAUGAGUACGCGCAGUUGAUGACUAAGGUAGUCAUGGCCGUCUUUGGCCUCAGCCAUACGUACAACACCAAAGUCGGCAACGACACAGUGCGAGGUGUGUCGGGAGGUGAACGCAAGCGAGUCAGUAUUGCUGAAAUGGCUUUGUCGGGUGCGCCGUUGGCCGCGUGGGAUAACUCCACCCGUGGACUGGAUUCAGCAACGGCCUUGAAGUUUGUCGAGUCCCUGCGGCUGGCUGCAGACCUUGGAGGUUCUGCACACGCAGUGGCAAUCUACCAAGCCAGUCAGGCAAUCUAUGAUCUUUUCGACAAAGCCGUGGUGCUGUACGAGGGACGUCAAAUCUACUACGGGCCAGCCAGCAAAGCAAAAGCGUUCUUUGAAUGUCAGGGAUGGUUCUGCCCUACGCGCCAGACCACAGGUGAUUUCCUCACUUCGGUGACCAACCCUGUGGAGCGAAAGCCUCGAGAAGGCAUGGAGUCCAAGGUUCCCCGUACCCCUGCCGAAUUCGAGGCAUACUGGCGUCAGUCAGAGGAAUAUAAGGCACUUCAGCAGGAGAUGUCGGAUUAUGAGAGCACGACGUCCUCCCAGAAGGAGGAGAAUCUACAACAAUUCCAGCACCAAAAGCGCCUGGAGCAAGCGUCGCACACUCGGGCACGUUCCCCGUAUCUCCUCAGUGUCCCCAUGCAGAUCAAAUUGAACACCAAGCGUGCAUAUCAGCGGGUGUGGAAUGAGCGGACAUCCACCAUAACCAUGUUCAUUUCACACAUUAUUCUCGCCUUGAUCGUGGGCUCCGUCUUCUACGGAACUCCCGAGGCGACCAUCGGGUUCUACGCCAAGGGCGCGACACUCUUCUACGCCGUGUUGCUGAAUGCUCUGACGGCCAUGACUGAAAUCAAUAGCUUGUACUCACAGCGACCGAUCGUGGAGAAACAUAACUCGUAUGCUUUCUAUCAUCCAGCCACGGAGGCGAUCGCCGGCGUGGUCAGUGAUAUUCCAGUCAAGUUCUGCAUGGCAGUGGCUUUUAAUAUCAUUCUUUAUUUCCUUAGCAACCUGCGGCGCGAAGCGUCGCAGUUUUUCAUCUACUUCCUCAUCUCGUUCAUCGUCAUGUUUGUCAUGAGCGCCGUGUUCCGAACCAUGGCCGCCAUCACCAGGACCGUGUCGCAAGCCAUGACUUUAGCUGGUGUCUUGAUUCUCGCGCUGGUCAUCUACACUGGUUUCGUGGUACCAGUCCCCCAUAUGCAUCCGUGGUUCAAGUGGAUUCACUAUCUUAACCCCAUCUUCUAUGCCUUUGAAAUUCUCAUGGCCAAUGAAUUCCACGGACGAGAGUUUACAUGCUCGCAGUUCAUUCCUGCGUAUCCGGAACUGUCAGGCGACUCCUUUAUCUGCUCGUCGGUCGGGGCUGCAGCUGGUCGCCGGACCGUCAGUGGCGAUGCCUACCUCCAGGCCGCUUUCCAUUACAGCUACUCUCAUGUAUGGCGAAAUUUUGGCAUCCUGGUUGCGUUUCUCGUGGGUUUCAUGGUGAUCUACUUCGUAGCGACGGAGCUCAACUCGUCCACGACUAGCUCAGCGGAAGUGCUUGUGUUCCGACGAGGCCAUGAACCUGCAUUCUUGAAGCAUGGACAAGAGCCCAAUGCGGACGAGGAAGCUGGCUCCAAGAAAGCGGCCGCCUUGUCCUCCGAGGAUGCGGACCUCGAACAAGGCAUUUCGUCCAUCCCACCUCAGCAGGACAUCUUCACCUGGCGGGAUGUGGUCUACGACAUUGAGAUCAAAGGCGAUCCGCGUCGACUGUUGGACCACGUCUCUGGCUGGGUCAAGCCAGGUACGCUGACGGCGCUGAUGGGCGUCAGUGGUGCAGGCAAGACUACGCUUCUGGAUGUACUGGCGCGUCGUACCACCAUAGGCGUCAUCACUGGUGAUAUGUUUGUCAAUGGCCAUCCGCUGGACUCAAGUUUCCAACGUAAAACCGGGUAUGUGCAGCAGCAAGAUCUGCAUCUGGAGACAGCUACGGUUCGCGAAAGUCUGCGGUUCAGCGCGAUGCUGCGCCAGCCGGCCUCCUUGUCGAAAGAGGAGAAAUAUCAGUAUGUGGAAGACGUCAUCAAGAUGCUCAACAUGGAGGACUUUGCCGAGGCUGUGGUCGGUGUCCCUGGUGAAGGACUGAAUGUCGAGCAACGCAAGCUACUGACUAUUGGUGUGGAAUUGGCGGCGAAGCCUAAGCUGUUGUUGUUCUUGGACGAGCCGACUAGUGGACUUGACUCCCAAAGUUCCUGGGCCAUUUGCAAUUUCCUCCGCAAGCUGGCUGAUUCCGGGCAAGCCAUCUUGUGCACUAUCCAUCAACCGAGUGCGAUUCUGUUCCAGCAAUUCGAUCAAUUGCUUUUCUUGGCGCGAGGUGGAAAGACCGUAUAUUUUGGCCCUAUUGGCGAGAAUUCCCGGACAUUACUCGAUUAUUUUGAAUCCCAUGGUGCGCGUCCCUGUGGAAACCAGGAAAACCCAGCCGAGUAUAUGCUUGAAAUCGUCAAUGGUAUCACCAACCCACAAGGCAAGAAUUGGUUCGAUGUUUGGAAGGGAAGUCAGGAAGCUGCUGGAGUUCAGGCGGAGAUCGAUCGCAUCCACGAAGCCAAACGGGGCCAGGGCGCAGGAGGCAAUGACGGCAAUCCCGAUGCGCGCGAGCAGAAAGAGUUUGCCAUGCCAUUCCUGAAGCAGUUGCCCGUCGUCACAACUCGAGUCUUCCAGCAGUACUGGCGUCUUCCCAUGUACAUCAUGGCGAAGAUGAUGCUCGGAUUGUGUUCGGGCCUAUUUAUUGGAUUCUCGUUCUUCAAACCUGGUAGCUCCACGCAAGGCAUACAGAACAAGAUUUUCUCUCUGUUCAUGCUGUGUGCUAUUUUCUCGUCCCUGGUGCAGCAGAUCAUUCCGCUAUUCAUCACACAACGAGCACUGUACGAAGUCCGCGAGCGACCGAGCAAGGCAUAUUCAUGGAUGGCAUUCAUAAUUGCCAACAUUGUUGUAGAGAUUCCGUACCAGAUCAUCAUGGGCAUUGUCGUAUUUGGCUGCUACAACUAUGCCGUGAACGGGGUCCAAUCAUCCGACCGACAAGGGUUGAUCCUGCUCUUCUUUUUGCAAUUCUUCAUCUAUGCCGGCACAUUUGCCGACGUUGUCAUCGCUGCUUUACCAGACGCUGAAACAGCCGGUGCAAUCGUCACCCUGCUCUUUGCCAUGGCGCUGACCUUCAAUGGCGUGAUGCAACCCCCAGAUGCCCUACCAGGAUUCUGGAUCUUCAUGUACCGCGUUUCCCCGUUUACAUAUUGGGUAGGCGGCAUGGCCGCGACGGCCCUGCACGGAAAGGCCGUCAAAUGCAGCAAGGUGGAAAUGGCCGUGUUCAACCCCCCAUCGGGACUGACUUGCCAGGAUUACAUGGCGAAGUACCUAUCCGUAGCGCCGGGGUAUCUGAACAACCCGAACGCGUCGUCGUCGUGCGAGUAUUGCUCCCUCACGGUGGCCGAUCAGUAUCUGGCCAGCGUGGGUAUUAACUGGACCCAACGGUGGCGCAAUUUUGGCAUCUUCUGGGCGUACAUUGUGUUUGAUAUUGCGGCUGCGGUGCUGCUGUAUUAUUGCUUCCGGGUCAAGAAGUGGAAAUUUUCGUUUGGGAAGAAGAAGAGCGAGUAA